AUGUCAGACUCCAACACAACCAAAUUCACCAACCCCUCCAUCUUCAUCCUGCUGGGCAUUCCUGGCCUUGAGGUGGCCCACGUCUGGAUCUCCAUCGCCUUCUGUGCUAUGUACGUCAUAGUCAUCUUGGGGAACUUCACCAUCCUCUUCAUCGUGAAGAGAGAGCCGAGCCUCCACGAGCCCAUGUACUAUUUCCUCUGCAUGCUGGCCAUUACUGACCUGGUCCUCGCCACGUCCACCAUGCCGAAAAUUCUGGCAAUCUUCUGGUUCAAUUCUGGGGAGAUAGUAUUCAGUGCCUGCCACCAGCUGUACUUUAUUCACUGCUUCUCAGCGAUUGAGUCUGGAAUCUUCGUGGCCAUGGCUUUGGAUCGCUACGUGGCCAUCUGCCAUCCCCUGAGACAUUCCACCAUCCUGACAAACCGCGUGGUGGCCAAGAUUGUCCUGGCCAUGGUGCUGCGUGGCAUCAUGGUCGCACUGCCCUAUCCCUUCCUGGCAAAGUGGUGGCCAUAUUGCAGAACCAACAUCAUCCCCCAUACACACUGUGAGCACAUGUAUGUGGUGAAGCUGGCCUGUGCUGACAUCCGCAUCAGUAUUUACUAUGGCCUCUUUGUGGUAUUCUCUGUGAUUGGACUGGAUGUGUCUUUUAUUGCUGUGUCCUACACACAGAUCCUCAGGGCCAUCUUCAGUCUCCCCACCAAGGAUGCCCGGCUCAAGACUUUUGGGACCUGUGGCUCCCACCUCUGUGUCAUCUUAGCCUUUUACAUCCCAACUCUCUUCUCUUCCCUCACAUCCCGAUUUGGGCAUGAUUUACCCCUUUAUUUCCUAGUUUUUAUUGCCAACGUGUACCUCCUUGUGCCCCCCAUGCUAAACCCCAUCAUCUACGGGGUGAGGACCAAACAGAUCCGGGACAGGCUUCUCCGGCUCUUAGUUGAGAAACAGUCAAAUGAAAAAGAGUCCCAUUCAAUCACAUCACGUAAUGGCAGAUAGUUAAAAAGGGACAAUUUUUAAAGUGCUUAUAUACCGAUGCUAGAAUUCUAAAUAA